AUGAUGUCGAGAAGUCAGUCCAGUCUGGGGUAUUUGGAUGCCGGAAGAGAAGAUCCCUCGACAUCUGGUGUCUCACCAGGCUACCACCCGCCGCAGUCUUCAUCCGGUCCGAUCAACCUGUCCGGCCUGGUCUGUAAUGUCCGCCGGACGACAGGCAGAGAACCACACCCUCUCGUGGGUGCCACCACCACGAUCCUCGGCGACAAGCUCUAUGUGUUUGGCGGCCGGGUUCUAUCGAAAAGUCGCCCCGUGUUGACUUCGGACCUCUACGAGCUGGACCUGAUCCGCCGACACUGGACUAGAAUAGAACCCACCGGUGAUGUUCCGCGUCCACGGUACUUCCAUAGUGUUUGCGCUCUUGGGGACAAUAAGCUGGUUUGUUAUGGGGGUAUGUCCCCCGCGCCGAGUUCGGCCAAGGAAUCGACGAGUAAUGGCACGUCGGGUCAGGAUGCGCAGGCGGAGGUAGUUGUCAUGUCAGAUAUCCACAUCUUCGAUGUCCCCUCUCGGACAUGGACACGAGUGCCGGCUACAGACUCGCCCCAAGGCCGAUAUGCCCACUGCGCGACAAUCUUACCCUCGAGCGCCUUCUUCACCUCCGCGAGUGCUCCACUGUCCGCAAUCCACCACAAUCCCGCAUCAUCCAACCCCCAUCAAGGCAGCAUCGGCGUGGAUAUCGAUGGAUUCGGUGGCGCAGAGAUGGUCGUGGUGGGAGGGCAGGAUAGCUCAAAUCAUUAUAUUGAACAGAUCAGCGUGUUCAACCUCCGCAGUCUGAAGUGGACGAAUACGAGCGUGCUCGGGAGAAGCUGCGGUGCCUAUCGUAGUGUGGUCGCCCCAUUAGUCGGGAUGAAUGUCUCGGAUAUUGGAUCAGCAGCAGCCGACCGAGACCCACAGGAACCAGUCGAGGAGUCGCAGGUCGAAGGGUGCCCCAUGUUGAUCUAUUCCAACUAUAACUUUCUAGAUGUCAAGCUCGAGCUGCAGGUGCGCUUACCCGAUGGUCGCUUGAUCGAGAAGCCGAUGCAAAGUGUGGCAUCCCCCCCGGGUCUCAGGUUUCCCAAUGGCAGCGUCAUCAACGGCAACUUUGUCGUAAGUGGGACCUACCUGACCUCGUCCAAACAGGAAUUUGCGCUGUGGGCGCUGGACCUCAAGACCCUGACCUGGGGUCGGAUUGAUGCUGGUGGGUCCGUCUUCGGCCACGGGAGCUGGAACCGUGGAGUGUUGUGGACGAGAAGGAACACCUUUGUCGUCUUGGGGCAUCGCAAGCGAAGCCUCGUGGAAGACUAUAAUCAACGUCGCAUUAAUUUCUCCCAUGUCUGUAUGGUCGAGCUGGAGGCGUUUGGAUUAUAUAACAACCCUUGUCGAACCUCGCCGACGUCCGGGUACAUCUCCCACAGCUCCCCAUCAGUUCCUGCAUCCUUGCAGCAAAAGCUGGCUCAGUUGACCUCUGGCGGAAGGCCCUUCUCAACAGCUGCGGACGAAUUGGGUAAACUUGCGCAGAUGCUCCCCGAGAUGGCUGAUAUGGAGCUCCAAGCGGUGGGAGGAGAGCGCAUCCCCGUCAACUCCCGGAUCCUAACACGAAGAUGGGGUCCCUAUUUCAUCCAGCUCCUCCGAGAGUCAUCCGACACGGGUGUUUCCGACUCGGCCACCCUACGCACGGCGAUUCAGGCGUAUCCAAACCGGAACUCCAGCAUCACGAUCACCCCCUCAGUAGGGCCCAACAGCAACUAUUCCAACGCAACCACACUUGUUAGCAAUUCCUCCAACCCUUCCAAAUCAUUAUUAGCGAACCUCGAGAUACCCUCCGCCCACAGCCUCGCCCCUGCUUCGCGCCCUCGCGUCCUCUACCUCCCGCAUACAUAUCUCACCUUGCAAGUCCUCGUCUACUACUUCUACACCUCCUCACUCCCGCCGGCCGGUUCCCCCCUCUGCACCCCUCAAAUCCUCUGCUCCCUGCUGCAACUUGCGCGACCCUACCAGGUCGACGGCCUCCUUGAAGCUACGGUCGAGCGACUCCACCAGAUCCUCGACGGUCGUAAUGCGGCUGCCGUUUUCAACGCGGCUGCCAUGGCCGCAGGCGGCGGCAGAGGCACCGGCUUCACCAGCGGCCUUGGCGGCACCCUCGAGGCGCUGAACGGCGCCCACGCCGCCAGCGAAUCUUCCUCCUCCGCCGCCCCCGGCACCACUACCACCAACCCCUCGCAGAACAGCCUCCUCACCUCCGACUCCUCCGACACCGAGCAUGGCACUAACUCCGCCCUCUCUAUCGCCAGCAGUGGCACCGGCGCCGCCGGCGGCUCCAGCGCCUCCGCGUCCCGCGGUAUCCCCCUGCGCAUUAACACCAACCUCUUCAGCCGCAGCCACCACCGCCGAGCCGACCGCGACCGCGAGGACUCCAUCAGUAACGCCAGCACUGCCACCUCCGCCUCGAGCUACGACCACUCCGACUCCGAAUUUACGGGCAGCGAGUCGCACUCGCAGCCGCAAUCACGCUCCCAGUCCCAGCCGCGCCGCCUGCGCCGCGACACAGACGCCCAGCUGCGUCCGAACCGCCAGAUCUGGACCGGCGACCUGAGCAGCGUCAUCGGAUUGCAGAAGCGCGGCCUGCGCGGCCUCAUGGAAGGUCGGCGCCUGCGGGAACGGAAUGCCAAACCGGCGAGCACGGCGGGUCUGGUCGGUGUACCUGCUCCUCCAUCUGCCACUGCGACCGCAACUGCUACUGUCGCUGGUGCUAGUGCGGAACACAUCAUGCCCGCCGGGGUAUGA